AUGAAUGAAUCUCAUGGUUUAGGCUUCUCAAACAAGAGGAUUGGUAGACACAAAUCGUACGCGUUUGAUCUAAAUUUUAAGCCAGAAGAAGUAUCUACCAAUUGCACCGAUGAUGCAAAUUCAAUUUUAACAAAAAUUCAGAAUUUAGAAAAUAGAUUAAACUCUUGUGAUUUAAUUUAUAAACUAAGCUCACAAACUCAGCUCGUACGGAGCAAAGAAAGAAAAGAAAAAAUACAAUCAUUGAAAAAAGCUUUAAAUAGCUAUAAGCAUUCAAUUGAUGAAGCAGAAAAGCAAGAACUACAAUUGCCAAAUAACAUCAACAAAACGAUUCGUAACGAGAUUGAUACUUUUAUUUCAACAGAAGCACCAACUGAGUUAAAAGAUCUAUAUGCAGAAGUACAUGAAUUAUCUCAUAAUAUACAGGAGUUAAUGAAAAAGGUCACGUUAAAAAAUAAAAAAGAAAUAGAAAAUUUAAUUCCAAAAUUAAGCUUAAUAGAUUUAAAUGAAGAAGAGAGUCAACUAUUGAAUACCAUAAUACAAAAUCAAAAAGAACUUGAAAGUCUUACCAAAAAUGGAAGCAAAUAA